UCAAAUUGGCAUUGGAUUCCACCACUCCUCGCUUGCCUUCACUGCAUCAUCAUCACCAUGGCCCGUGUCUCCAACACUCCUGCCUCCCGCCCCGAGGUCAUCCAGUCCCUCAUCGAUGGAGUCGACAGAUACAACCCCGACAACGUCUCGAUUCUGGAGGAGUACCUGGCCACACAGUGCACCAACAAGGAGUGUGAUUCCAUGGCUAACCUGGCCAUCCUCAAGUUGUACCAGUUCAACUUGCACUUGAUCAACGACCAGGUCGUCAACAACAUCCUUGUCAAGGCUCUGACGACGUUGCCCGAGCCUGACUUUAACUUGUGCUUGUAUCUUUUGAACGAUCAAAUGGUCACAGAGGAGCCCGUUAUUCGUCUGGUCGCUCUCCAGGAUCUGCUUGAGCAGGCACGAUAUGCCGACUUCUGGAAGGCGUAUGAGGGCGAUGACAUCUACAAGGAGCUGACAGCCGAGGUCCUUGGAUUUGAGGAUUCUAUUCGCGCCAAUAUUGCCAACGCUGUCGCCAUGACUUUCCAGUCGAUUGAGCUUGCUAGCUUGGAGAAAUAUAUCCAUUUGAAGGGCCAGGCUUUGUCAGACUUUAUUAGCGCACAAGGAUGGACCGAGGCCAACGGCGUUGUCUCCAUUCCAGUCAACAAGGACAACGAGGCUAAGACCACCGUCUUGACGGAGAACAUCAAGUUCGAGCAAUUGACCAAGAUUAUUGGACACUCAAACGAUGCAUAGAGAGGGACAGUAGGAUCGAAGGGCAAAUACGAAAAAUAAAAUCCGUAUAAAUCGUAUUCUAUUGGAG